AUGGGUAAUUUUGGGCAGUCAACGGCUGACUGUUGUUUCGCCCAACUUAACUGCCCUGACCAGGGUCGUACAUGCAAAGAUUGCACCAAGGCCGACAUUUAUUGCGGCGUGGGCAAAUGCAACGUAGUGGGCUGCAAUUGCGAUGGUGGGUGCCGGUCAGGUAAUCCGAGCCUGUGGUGUUGGAAUAUAGCUUCCCAUUGCAAAACUAUUAUGGCCACAACCAAUGAUCUGGCUAUAAAUAAUGCCACUCAUGUGUUGACCCGUUUGGACACAGACCGGGACGGGAGGGCCAGUUAUGUAGAGGUCCUUAGCUUUGCUCAGACCGAGGGUUUGGCCGCCGAUAAGGAUAUGAAGUCAGGCAAUCACAAUCUGUGGUGUUGGAAUAUUGCUUCCCAUUGCAAAACUAUUAUGGCCACAACCAAUGACCUGGUAAUCAAUAAUGCCACGCAUGUGUUCGCCCGUUUGGACACAGACCGGGACGGGAGGGCCAGUUAUGUGGAGGUCCUUAGCUUUGCUCAGACCGAGGUCCUGUAUAUCGCUGUUUCUAAUGGACUGCCAUUUGCCGAUCAAUUGGCCGCCAAUAGUGUGGACAAUAGCCAUAAAUGGGUCGUAUUGUGCGCCGGGAGUAACGGGUGGAUCAAUUAUGCAGACCAGGCAUUAGUAUACAGGGCUUACCAUCAGUUCCGCUCGUAUGGCAUACCGGAGAGCAAUAUAAUUGUCAUGCAUUACGACGAUAUCGCACACAAUAGUAAAAACCCUAACCCAGGGGUUGUGGUUACCGAGAAAGGUGGUGAAAAUUGGUACCAUGAUAUUCCCAAAGAUUAUGUCGGCACCGAUGUUAAUCCCACCAACUUUUUAAAAGUAAUUAGCGGUGACCAAGAAUUGCAUGCAAAUGGUAGGAAAGUGGUGAAUAGUGGGCCAACCGAUCAUGUGUUUCUGUAUUUUGGCGAUCAUGGUGGACCGGGAUUAAUUGGAUUUAAUAAUGGCAGUGUUUUAUAUGCUGAUGAUUUAAUGAACAGAAUAAUAAACAUGCACAAACAGAAGAAAUAUGCCAAGCUCGGUUUCUACAUUGAUACAUGCGAGUCUGGCUCAAUGUUUAACAAAGUGUUACCAAGCAACAUUAACGCUUACGCGGUCAGUUCAUCUCUACCCAAUGAAGAUAGUCAUUUUAUGAAUUAUGAUGAUGAAUUGAAUAUAUUUUAUAGCUCAUAUUUUGCCGACUAUUGGCUAACUAAUGAUGAGAUAACAGAUAUUGAAAAGGAAACACUUGAUCAACAAUAUGAGUAUAUUGUAGAAAAGACAAAGAGUGUUCAACACGCACAACAUUAUGGUGAUCUAAGCAUGGGCAAAUUGCACGUUGCUGAAUUUUUAAAUCAUAAACCAAAAGGUGUUUUGAAUACUCGAGUUAAUACCCAUGUGCAAAAUAAUGAAACAGUCAGCAAAUGGGAUGUCGCUCUAUUUUUAGUACAAAAGCGAAUUAACAAAUCUGUGGCUAAUAGUGAAAAAUUAAGAUAUGUGGAGGACUUGAAAAAUCUAUUGAAUGGC